AUGUCGAUAAUAUUAAGAGACGACGAUGAACUUAGUGGCUACCAAGUAGUUGGUAUGCCCAAAGACGGGUCUUGUCUCUUCCAUUCAAUAUCUUUCUUGGUGUAUGGUAGAACUGACUCAACUUGCAGUAUCAGAUCUGCUAUAGUUGCAUACGUUGCUGAACAUUGGGACGAAAUGCAAGUGUACACGUGUGAUACUGAUGGUGACGUAUACACGAGCGCGCAAUCCUACAGGAGCGAUAUGAUGAAACCCACUACUUACGGCUCAGCUUCUGAGCUUAUGGCUGCUGGAAAAAUCUAUCCUUUCAUUUUUGAAGUGUAUGAGAAAGGCGCCAACCGGGCAUCUGUAGCACAGUACAGUGCUUCACACCCUGAAGUAAACCGGGCAGCUGUAGCACGCUACAGUGCUUCACAUCCGGAAGUCAAUCAGGCUGCUGUAUCUCGCUACCGUGCUUUACAUCCGGAAGUCAAUCAGGCCGCAGUAUCUCGCUACCGUGCUUCACAUCCGGAAGUAAAUAGACAAAACUUAGCGCGAAAGAGAUCUACUGACAAACUAAAGUUUAAGGGAAACAUAGAAACAAUCACUAGAGUUCUUACAACUAAACUUAAAGAUACAUUAGAAUCAGAAAAAAUAGUUAAGUGGACUCUCCAUAAUAGGCAAAGAACUUUAGAAUAUUUGAACAAGACUGCAAAUAAAUUAAAAGAAAAAAUAGUAGCGGCAUUAGAGAAGUUGAAAAUAUGUCCUGAAAGCACGGAUAUUAAAGACAAAUUUGAAGCAUUUUUUAGUAAAUCCGAACAUCGCAGUAAUCAGGAGCCAUUUUAUUCUGAACAAUCUUAUAAGGUUUAUGAAGAUAAAGAAAAAUCUGUUGAGAUUGACGAUACUGGCAAAGCAAAAACCUUUACAAAUGUUAAGAAAAUGUCCAAAAGUCUGAAAUGA